ACAGCACUCAGCUGUCCACUCUUUCCCAUCUUCACCUACUUGACUUGUCUGCGAUGAAGUCAACCGCUGCUAUCCUCUCGGUGUGUACCACCGUCACGCUGCUAACGCAUUACUCUGCAGCGGAGUCUGGUGACCCCACCGUCGAAUCUCGCCUCAACACACGCCACGCUGGAAUUGGGACAAUAAAACCUGAAAGUGCCUCAGCCGAAAAAGCAACGGAUAUACGGUACAACUUUACUACCGUAUAUCGCUUCUACAAAAACGACAGCAAACAAAAUUUACUGUUAAGUUCCCUUACCACCGACAUCCUACAAACAAUUUUGCAAUGUUCCGACCCAUUAACGACUUAUGGCUGUCGCGAGUGUGAGAAGUCAUGCGCCAACCCCAACCCGACGCCGUUAUGCGUUUAUCGUUGCGACAGCACCUGUAUCUGCAAACCGGGUCUGUACCGUACUUUCAUUCCCUCGCCGACAUGCGCGCCGCUCAAUGGACCGCUGCUCAACAACUGUAAAGUAGGAAUAAGUAAAGUCAAAGGUUAAAUCCCAGAUGGCCGCGGCUACGCUACGCGUUGCGAUUAUUUGAUGUGCACUGAUUAUGUCUGAUUAUUUUUGUUGCCUUUGAACCGAAAUGGAAAUUUUGCUGAUGACAUCGAUUGCUCUCGUAUACCUGUGCAUG